CCAACUUCAGAACAGUUGUUUUGAUAUUUGUUGACAGAACGUCAAAUUUUGUAUAAUUUUUAAGAUUUUAAGUAUAUAAAUAUAAUUAAUCGUCAUUCUAAAUAAAUUUUUCAUAAUGAGGAAUUAUUGUUAUACUUUAUACUAUAUUUGUGUUUGAUUAUUAUAGUUUAUAAAUUGAAUAUCUAGUUUAUAAAUUCAUGACAACAAUGGAACCUAACCUCGAAAGUAGUGAUCUCCAGGAAAACGAUCUUCCUGAGGAAUAUGCCAAAAGAGCAGAGAGAAAUCGACAAAAAGCUCUGCUUCUUAAAAAAUCCAAAGUUGUCACUCAUCCAUAUGCAAAAGUUGAGAAUUCUGAGGCUUCAGUGGGAAAAGUUGUUAAACUUCAAGGUCAACGUGUUAUUGACAGUGGAGCUGGUUUUCUAAUUGAAGAAAACGAUGAAUUAGAAAAUGAGCUUAUAAAACUUGUAGACAUUCCUGCUCCAAUUGUCAGUGAUUUACCUAUUUGCGAGGAAUGUAAAAAAGAAUUUAAAGAUUCAUUUAUGUUGCAAAAAUUUGAUUAUCCAGUUUGUAAUAUUUGCCGGGACAAUGAUGGAAAGCAUUCAUUGAUCACAAGAACUGAGGCAAAGGCAGAAUAUCUCUUGAAAGAUUGCGAUUUAGAUAAAAGAGAACCGACUUUAAAAUAUAUUGUUAGAAAAAAUCCACAUAAUCCACGUUGGGGUGAAAUGAAAUUAUAUUUACAACUUCAAAUAGAAAAACGUGCACUGGAAGUGUGGGGCUCUGAAGAAAAUUUAAUGACCGAACGUGAAGUACGAGAUGAGAAACGAGAAGGAUCGAAAAUCAAGAAGUUCAAUAAAAAGAUUAAACAAUUGAGAAUGGAAGUGAGAAGUUCAUUGUAUGAUAAAACUCAAAAAGGUUCUCAUGUACAUAAAUUCGGUCCAGAAUCUUAUGAUGAAGAUGAAGAUACUUAUACACGAACUUGCACUACCUGUGGUUAUGAAAAUACUUACGAAAAAAUGUAAUUAGGCUCCAAUAGUAUUGAUAAAAAAAAAUGAGGAUCCUUUAACUCUUUUUACAAGUAUUAUAAUUUAUUUAGAAUUAAAAUAAUUAAAAAAAAUUUAUUAUACUCGCUCAAUUCUUGUAUAUUUUUAUGCUUCAAUAAAGUAUAUAUUUUUUUGCAUUAAAAAAUUAAA